AAGUGACGUCUCCCUCUUAAAUCCGGAUCCCCGGGGCAGCUUGUGACAGAAACACAGCAGAACCAACCUUCACUCAUUGUGUGAACCAUGGGGCCGACAGGUGAGGUAGUGUUUGGCAGCCCAGCACCGGUCUGUGCUGAGAACCGUCUGCGCUGGGACCUGAGCCCGGAGAAGAUAAAGCAGCUGUCCGACGAGCUCAUCGCGAGCACCAAGACGGUGUAUGAGCGCGUGGGGGCCCUGGACUUGGACAGCGUCACCUUCGAGAACACGCUGAAGGCGCUAGCCGACGUGGAGGUGGACUACACGGUUCAGAGGAACAUGUUGGACUUUCCGCAGCACGUGUCGCCCUGUAAGGAGGUCCGAGCUGCGAGCACCGAUGCCGACAAGCUUCUGUCUGAGUUUGACGUGGAGAUGAGCAUGAGGGAGGACGUCUACCAGAGGGUUGUUGCUCUGGAGAAGAAGGUUGAUCCAGAAAGCCUCACUCCGGAGGCGAAGCGUUACAUGGAGCGACUGAUCAAGCUGGGGAAGAGGAACGGCCUCCACCUGCCCAAGCAGACGCAAGAGGAGAUCAAGAGCAUCAAGAAGAAGCUAAGCAACCUCUGCAUCGACUUCAACAAGAACCUGAAUGAAGAUACGACCAGCUUGAGCUUCAGCCGCGACGACCUGGGCGGCCUCCCAGAGGACUUCCUGAGCUCUCUGGAUAAGGACGGAGAUAAACUGAAGGUCACCCUCAAGUAUCCUCACUACUUUCCUACUAUGAAGAAAUGCUUUGUCCCAGAAACACGCAAGAAGCUGGAGGAGGCUUUCAACUCUCGCUGCAAGGAGGACAACUCGGCCAUCCUGAAGGAGCUGGUGGAGCUCCGAGCUCAGAAGAGCACUCUGCUCGGGUUCAGCACGCACGCCGACUUCGUCCUGGAGAUGAACAUGGCCAAGUCUGGGAAGAAGGUGGCCGGCUUCCUAGAGGAGCUCUCCCGGAAGCUGAAGCCGCUGGGUGAGGAAGAGCGAGCCGUCAUCCUCAAGCUGAAGGAGAAGGAGUGUGAGAAGAGGAGUCUGCCCUUCACCGGCGAGCUGCACGCCUGGGACACCCGCUACUUCAUGACCCAGGUGGAGGAGACUCAGUAUGCGGUGGACCAGAAUCUGCUGAAGGAGUACUUCCCCAUGGAGGUGGUGACCCGCGGGCUCCUGGACAUCUACCAGGAGCUGCUGGGUCUGACCUUCCAGCUGGUGGACGGAGCGGCUGUGUGGCACCCCGACGUCACUCUGUACUGCGUUAAGGACCGCAGCAGCGGUCAGACGAUCGGCCAGUUCUACCUGGACCUUUACCCCCGGGAGGGGAAGUACGGCCACGCCGCCUGCUUCGGCCUGCAGCCCGGCUGCCUGCUGCCCAACGGCACACGUCAGAUGUCGGUGGCCGCCAUGGUGGCCAACUUCAGCAAGCAGACGGCCGACGCCCCGUCGCUCCUCCAGCACGACGAGGUGGAGACGUACUUCCACGAGUUUGGACACGUCAUGCACCAGCUCUGCGCUCAGGCGGACUACGCCAUGUUCAGCGGGACUCACGUGGAGCGGGACUUUGUGGAGGCGCCGUCUCAGAUGUUGGAGAACUGGGUUUGGGAGAAGGAGCCUCUCCAGAGGAUGUCCAAGCACUACAAGACGGGGCACGCCAUCCCUGCUGAGCUGCUGGACAAACUCAUCAAGUCCCGGCUCGCCAACACCGGACUCUUCAACCUGCGGCAGAUCGUUCUGGCCAAAGUGGACCAGGCUCUGCACACUAGAACCGGCCUGGACCCUGCAGAGGAGUACGCUCGCCUCUGCCUGGACAUCCUGGGGAUCCAAGCUUCAGAGGGGACCAACAUGCCGGCCACCUUCGGUCACCUGGCCGGCGGCUACGACGCUCAGUACUACGGCUACCUGUGGAGCGAGGUGUUCUCCAUGGACAUGUUCUUCGCCCGCUUCAGACAGGAGGGCAUCAUGAAUCCCAAGGUGGGGCUGGACUACAGGAAGUUCAUCCUGCAGCCCGGCGGCUCCGAGGACGCCUCAGAGAUGCUGAGGAAGUUCCUCGGGCGGGAACCCAAACAGGAGGCGUUCCUGCUGAGCAAAGGAUUGACGGUGGAGCUGGGCACACCGUGUCCCUGCUGACCAAUCACAGCAGGCUGGUCCAACCUCCGCACCGGUAACCGUCAUAGCCCCACGGACUGAAGUUUUCUAGAAAAAAAAAGAAAAAAAUAUUGUCAAAUUUUCUCAACACCAGAAAAUAAAAUGAUUUGAGGUGA